AUGCCUGCCAUGUCCUCUAUAGUCAUGUCUCAGAAACGCCAGGCGAGGGAGUCGAACAGCGGACCGGGUCUUCUAACUUCGAACCGUCGCCCAGGCCCCAGCAAAACCCCGCUCUCAUGCGAGAGGCAUUUCUUGGGGGCUCUCAGCAAAGUCCGGUUUUUUGCAGGCGGCAAGAAGACGACCCGGCGCAGGCUAGAGCCGCAGCUGAAAGGCAUCGUGACACGACUGUUCAGCCAGCAGGGCUUCUACCUGCAGAUGCAGCCGGAUGGAACCAUUGACGGCAGCAAGGACGAGAACAGCGACAACACCCUGUUUAAUCUUAUUCCUGUGGGUCUGAGAGUGGUGGCCAUCCAGGGAGUGAAGAGUGGCUUCUACAUUGGUAUGAAUGGCGAGGGCAUGCUCUACAGCUCGGAGAUGUUCACGCCGGAGUGCAAGUUCAAGGAGUCUGUUUUUGAGAACUACUAUGUGAUCUACUCGUCCACUGUGUACCGGCAGCAGGAGUCGGGCCGGGCCUGGUUCCUCGGACUUACCAAGGAGGGACAAGUCAUGAAGGGCAACCGGGUCAAGAAGACUAAGCCCUCGUCACACUUUGUGCCCAGGCCAAUCGAAGUUUGUAUGUACAGGGAGCCGUCACUGCAUGAGAUAGAGGACAAGCACCGCUCCAGGAAGAGCUCAGGGACUCCCACCAUGAACGGAGGGAAAGCUGUCAAUCAGGACUCCACAUAG